CCUGAGAGCGGGAGCGGCCAUUGGUUGUAAGCACAAAGCAGCACAAAGAAAGAGUACGGUACUUUCUGUAGAAAGGCGAAGACAAAACUUGUUCUUAUGGAUUGAUAUCUUUAUAAGCACGCUGGCAGGCAAGCGUAUCUUUGCUUGGACUUGUAAAUUUUAACUGAAUAACAAUGGUGACAGGACCAACUGAGCAUGGGAUACAAGCUGAUGUUAUAUUUGUCAUUGAAGGAACAGCUGUUAAUGGAGCAUAUCUUAAUGAUCUUAAAACAAAUUACGUUAUUCCUACACUGGAAUAUUUCAGUCAAGGUGGCAUAGAAGAUAGGGAAUAUGUCUCCGAGAAUAGCACAACUUUAUAUGGAAUAGUUGUUUAUCAUGCCGCCGAUUGCUUACCCUCUCCAUGCACGGAGACUCUUGGACCGUAUUCAAAUCCUCACAAACUGCUGAUGGUCCUAGAAAAGCUUGAAAUGGUUGGUGGGAAGGGAGAGUCCUUUGCAAACAUAGGAGAAGGUCUUGCAACAGGAUUGCAGUGUUUUGAAGAUUUACAACUAAGAAGAGAGCCAAAUACAGCUUCACAGAAACAUUGUAUUUUGAUAUGUAAUUCACCUCCGUAUCAAACUAUGAUUCAAGAGACUUAUAAGUUUGCUGGUCAUACCAUUGAACAAUUAGCUGCCAUUUAUCAAGAGAGGAACAUUAACAUCUCUAUAUUAUCACCAAGAAAAAUUCCAGCAUUGUAUAAGCUAUUUGAGAAGGCUGGCGGUGAUUUACAGUCUUCUCAAACAAAAAAUUAUGCCAAGGAUCCGCGGCACUUGGUGCUUUUACGAAAUUAUAACUUGAAGGAGCGACCUGUCAGUCCUCAGAUGGGCGGUAAUGUUCACAAUACCGCGACUACCGCGGCGCAGAUACCCCUAAGUCCAUUACAGAGCAACGACAGUCCGAAUACUAAUCAAGUGCAGCAGAGUAUUGCUCCACCAAAUCAGCAGCAAGGUCCUCCUUUCAGAAAUCAAGCUCCCCCUCAGAACAUCCCUUCUGUGCAUCAAACUGUAACGCCAUCCAUGGCGGCACCGAUGAAUGCUGCACGACCGCCUUACAAUCCUCAGAUAGCCGGACCGCCAAAUUAUCAUCCAGCGAACGUAAACAUAGCUACGAGGCCCAGAUGGAUGAGACCAUUUAUAGCACCAGGUGCGACCGCGCCUGCAAAUACUCAAGGCAGUGCUCUAAUAGCGCAAUUGACACAGCCACCGUCGUCACUAGGACUCAAUGUAGCUGCGUUUAGUCAACGAUUAGAUGCUGGCAAUAAUGUUAUGGCGGCGAAUCAGCAACAGCAGCAGCAGCAGCAACUCACGCAGCAACAGCAACAACUACGUUUGACGAUGCAGUUACAGCAACAAAAUGUUCAGCAAGCUACCAUGUCAAUGGCCGCUCAACCGACUCACAGUCAACCAGGAUCGCAACUUACCGCGUCUUGUAUUAGCCAGUCUGUACCUACUCAAGUACCACAGACUGUUACAGCUUCACAGCAAGCUCCGGUCUCAGUAUCAUCCAUUACACAACAGAUUACUCAUUCUGCGCAAGCACAAGGCAAUGUACCUACUGGUACUGUGCAAAAUCAACAACUUGUACCACGCGAACGUCAGAAUAUCUGGCAAGGAAUCGUGGAAUGGAUUGAAAAAGCCAAAAAUCCUACAGAUGCGCAAAAGCAAACGAGACACGUCCCGUGUCAAGUUUCGGCUAAUGCGAAAGAUGGAGAUCCAGAAUUGAAAGCGGAUACGUGGCCGCCAAAAUUGAUAAUGCAGUUGAUGCCAAAACAGUUGAUAGGAAGUAUUGGCGGUACCUAUUUGAAAAAUUCUAAAUCCGUCGUAUUUCACCCGACACCGUGUGAAGCAUUGGAGUCCUUAACGAAAAUGAUGACUGCUGGAUUUGCAGGUUGUGUCCAUUUUACUUCUGCAUCAUCAAGUCCAGCUUGCGAAAUAAAAGUACUUAUACUUUUAUAUACUACGGAUAAAAAGACAUAUCUAGGCUUUAUCCCAAACGAUCAAACAGCUUUUGUAGAUCGUCUUCGCAAGGUUAUACAGCAACAGAAAACGUCUCAAAACGCUUCUGCAAGACAAGCUAAUCCCGGACCGGGCAAUCCGAUUUCCGCACCCAUGCCUACUACAGGUACGCAAGGAGGCAUCCUUAUGUCCCAAACGAAUACUAUGGCGAUGGGUGGCGGUCAGAUAACGCAGAAUGUUGUGUCCACCGCACCUCCGCAAACUUUAACAUCGACCAGCGGCCCGCAAACUCAAAUGAAUAUGCAGAAUAGCGGAAUUGGCGGCCCCCAAGCAAAUGCUGGUGCCGGAGGUAUGAUCGGCCAGCAACGACCUCCGUUUGAUGAUAUAGAAAUUGCCAGGCAUCAAAACUUGUUAAAGAUUCAGCAUUUGAGACAGACGUUAGAAGCUGCGCAACAACAAGAAGCGCAAUACAAGUCUCAACUGGAAGUAAAUAUUCAGCAAAAUUUAGAAGUGGCACAACAGCAAGAGAUGCAGUAUAAACAGCAACUUGAGGCACAACAGGCACAACAGAGAGGCAUCAAUCCAGCUGCUAUGGCUAAUCAACAGGCAGGAGCUCAAAGAUUGAUGCGUCCAGUCACCACUAACAACCUUGGUCUCAGACAUUUAUUACAACAGCCGCAACCUCAGUAUAGUGUUCGACAAGUGUUUGGAGUGCAACAGCAAAUGGUAGGUCCGAGAGGACAAAUAGCAACGAGACCAAUGGCACCUGGCAAUGCACAAAAUCAGCAGUUUGAAGAUGUGUCGAGUUAUGACUUCCUUAGUUGAGCGUUAUAAAUAGGCGUUUUUUUAUUUAAAUUUAUUUUAAUACUACAUAAGUGCCCGUAUAUGCACGAAUGUAUAAAAGGAAAUAUACGAAAACAUAAUAGUAAUUUGAAUUUUAUAUAUUUGUGAAAGAAUAUAAGACAAUGCUUGUACAUAUACUAAAAUAUAUACACGAAAUGUAUACGAGUAUAUAAAAUAUUAAAGUUUGUUUUACGUCUUA